GGUACAUGUAGCUAUGAUUUCAGAUGGCGGUUUUUGAAAUAUAUCGAUGCCCAAUACUCAGGGAAAUACACUUCCCAUUUUUUCAUAUUGGAACGUUGUUCCAGUUGAUUAUAACUAUAUCCUCUCUUAUAGUUCCUUUUUUCGUAUGCUACCGUUCAGGAGGAUUUUGGUUACAAGAUUCAAUUUACAUUGAACAACCACAAAUACGUUUCUUAAAACAAGUUUAUAUUGAAUUAAAAGGAUCCAAUCAAACAAUUUACACAUGGAGUACAUAUACCGAUUUAAAUAGUCAAUUAUCUACAAAUUUAAUUAUUCCACAUAUGUCUAUUCAACAAUUAGAUGAUAACUAUGAUGGAAUUUUUGAUAAAUUACAGUUAAAAUUUAAAAUUCCAAUUGAAGAUCAAAUCAGUAGUUUGUAUAUAUUACUUUUAUUUAGUUAUCAAUUGAAAGAACGUUUGAAUUUGUUGAUGCAAACUCCACUGACUAUUCAAUUUGAUACACCGGAUUCGCUGGGAUUUUACAAAUAUUCUCUAUAUGGACAAUUAUCAUUGUAUCAAAGAGAACCUUUACUUGAAAGUUACGUGAAUACAAUUUAUAAUAAUUCAAUUGUCAAUAAUGAACAGCAUAAAAUUAGGGAUCUUCAACCGGAAGCAAUUCAACAAUUUUUAAAUAAACGACAUGUAACAUUGAAAAUUGAUCCAAAAUAUGAAACUUGGACAAUGGGUUCUGCGAGUUACUUAGAUCCAUUGAUGUUAAAUUUAACUUUAUUCUAUAAACCGACCAAAGUAUGGUCACAUCCAAACAUAUUUCAUAUGCUCUGGUGGGGAUGGAUACAAUAUUUUCCAAUUUUACUGUUCAGUCUUUUUGUCGGUGAUCGUAUUAAAGCAUUUGUUUAUGGACAUCAUUUGAUUGGUGGAUUUAUUAUGAAAUACGAUGCGAUUUUAUUUAAACAACAACCACAAUAAAUCACUUUUUGAUGCUGCCACUUUCUUUUGUCCUAUUGUUGUUCAAUUGAAAUAAAAAAUAACACUUCA